UUGAUGUUGCAAGCCGUGCAUUUUCUCUUCACUUGGUGGUGGUUGUGUCUUUUGUUUCUUGGAUUUAUUUGAUAAAGUCUAUGAUGAGCAAAACAAAAAUGGACACAAGCGGCCUUUUAAGGGCAGCGCUUGUCCUAGUUUGUCUGCUCUCUAUUGGCACAGCUGAAGAUCUUAUGAUGGACGAGGAAUCACAAAUGAUGGCUGAUACACCAGCCUCCAAGAGUCUAGACAUCGCUUUUCUCUUUCAUGCUUCGACCAACGUCAAACACAAUAAGCACUUGCAGGCUUUUAAGAAUUUCAUGCGUGGUAUAGUCGAAAAAAUCGACUUCAGUUCUAAAAACGUCAGGGUCAGCGUCAUAAUGUAUAGAAUGAAGCCUAAAAUCGUGUUCAAUUUGGAGAAAUUCAAGAAGAAGGAAGACAUUUUGAAAGCUAUAAAUACUUUGAAAGUGAAAAAAUUUAAAGCAGGGCAUUUGAUUAAUGCGUUGAAAGACAUAGGCGUGAAGGUUUUCAAGGAGAAAGAGAAGGCAUCCGUACCGAAAACGGCCAGGGCGUUGGUUAUUCUAACGGACGGGGACACUCCCGGGGAUACUAAAAACAUAGCGAAGCUGGCCAGGACGAUGAAGGAGAAAGGGACGCAAAUCUUCACCGUGGGGGUAGGCCUCGCGGACAAUGCUAAGUUGCACACCGCAGCUAGUUCUAGGGAGGACACGUACAAGCCAGCAACGGCCGACGAGCUGGCAACGGUCGAGACAGAAGUGUACAAGAAGCUGGCAGCACUACAAUUAGCAGAAGCUAGGGAUGAAAAAAUUAACAUGGUCCGUUCUGCUGCCAGUGGACAGGCAGAUAUUGCCAUUAUCUAUCAUUUCUCCCCUAAGACAAAACCAGAGAGUAUUACAAAAUACUUUAUACCAUUUUUGAGCACCAUAAUAACUGAGGCUAGUGCAAAGAUUAUCAACGGGGAUAUCAGGCUUGCUAUUGCUAAUUAUGCUAAAAGAACUCGCAAUCAGUUGUUUACUUUGAAUGAAUUAAAGACAGCUGAUGAUAUGAUAAAGAAACUUAAAGGUAUUACAGAUAAACAUAGAUCUAAAGAUGCUGAUGGUGAGCUGGUGCUCAAAGAUGUACCUGGUAAACUAUUUGCUAAAGCAGUGGAUCGAGCUGGGGUCCAGAAUAUCAUUGUUAUGAUCACAGAUGAAAAGCAUACAGAGGAUGAAAAGAAAUUUUUUGCAGAAGCACAAAAAUUGAAGUCUAGUGGCUAUAAACUAAUCACAAUCGGAUUAGAAAAUGCAAAUGCUGCAGAACUUAGGAGUGUAGCAAGUGACCCAGCGGACAAAUCUUCUAUAAUUUUGAAGUCUUAUGCAGAAAUUGCUAGUCCAAAUGCUAUUGAGAAUAUUAAAAAUGCAAUUGGAGUUUUCAAAGGGGGUGCACCAGCAACUAAACCUCCUAUGCCUACAAAGACAACAGAAGUAGUUACUGGCAAGUUUGAUCUAAGAGGACAAAGUGCUGUUGAUAUUGUGUUCAUCGUCCAUUUUAAUCCUCAACGAACUGACAAUGAAUUUAAACAGCUGAUUGAUUAUAUACAGUCAAUGUUGAAUACUGCUGAUAUUGAUGGAGGAAAAGUUAGGGCAUCUGUAAUUUUGUCCCCAACUUACAAAGUUUAUGAUUUACAAGGGCGAACUUCUAAUGAAGGUGCUGUUGAAGCUCUGGAUGGCAUUUCAAAGAAUUUCAUGAGAAGUCCAAGGUUUAAUCUCAUAGCUUCAUUGAGAUUGCUAGAAAGUGAUAUUUUAAAAGAAGAAAAAGGUGACAGGAAGAAUGUUCCAAAUGCUGUUGUCAUCAUUACUGAUACAAACUCUCAGCAAAAGAUGUCAGAAAUUGAAGCGUUGACAAAAUCAAUUGAAAGUAAGAAUGGAGUUUUAUAUACAAUUGGAAUUGGUCUGGUUGAUAAAAAAGAAAUGGAAAGCGUGGCAUCAUCCACUGAAAAUGUGUUUACCUUUUCUGAUUAUGGAGAGCUGGAACGAUAUGGAGCAAUACUGAGAAAGCAAAUAAGUGCAUUGGACACAAGAAAACCAGCUACAAGAACCACAACAAAAAAGACAGCAUCAGCUACAACAAAAGCUCCAGUGACUGCUCCUCCAAAAACUGUAGUCAGCUGUAAUGAUGCUAAAAUAGAUCUUGUGUUUGUUCUUGAUGCCUCAACCAGUGUAACUGCACCAAACUUUGAGUUGAUGAAAGACUUUAUGAAAGAUUUCCUCUUUGGAGCUGAUAUUGACAAUGGCAAUGUGAGGGUAGGUGUUAUCAUCUACAGCACAGGGGAUUAUGUCCAGUUCCAGUUGAAAGAUUUUUCAAAGAAAGAAGAUGUAUACAAUGCUAUUGAUAUUAUUCCGUAUCGCUAUGGCAACACCAACACUGCAGAUGGUUUGAAAACAAUGAGGACAGUAAUGUUUACAACAGAGAAUGGAGAUCGUCCAGGUGUUGACAACAUUGCUAUUGUGGUGACUGAUGGUGUCUCCAACAUCAACAACAAAAGAACCAUACCAGAAGCUGAAGAAGCCAGAGCACAAGGUAUUCACAUCUAUGCUAUUGGUAUUGGUCUGACAGAGACCAAAGAGUUGGAUGGUAUUGCCAGCAAGCCAGUAGAAGAAAACAGAUUCGCUGUACAAGACUUUUCAGAACUCAGAGAACUUAGAGACAAAGUUUUCUCUGCCUUGUGCUCAACAUCUGCUCCAGUUGUUACCCAGCCACCACCACCCCCACCAACAACAGUAAAAGCUUUGGCUAGCUGUGCUGAUGCUAGGUUAGAUCUUGUGUUUGUUCUUGAUGCCUCAACCAGUGUAACAGCACCAAACUUUGAGUUGAUGAAAGACUUUAUGAAAGAUUUCCUCUUUGAGGCUGAUAUUGACAAUGGCAAUGUUAGGGUAGGUGUUAUCAUCUACAGCACAGGGGAUUAUGUCCAGUUCCAGCUGAAGGAUUUUUCAAAGAAAGAAGAUGUAUACAAUGCUAUUGAUAUUAUUCCGUAUCGCUAUGGCAACACCAACACUGCAGAUGGUUUGAAAACAAUGAGGACAGUAAUGUUUACUGCAGAGAAUGGAGAUCGUCCAGGUGUUGACAACAUUGCUAUUGUGGUGACUGAUGGUGUCUCCAACAUCAACAACAAAAGAACCAUACCAGAAGCUGAAGAAGCCAGAGCACAGGGUAUUCACAUCUAUGCUAUUGGUAUUGGUCUGACAGAGACCAAAGAGUUGGAUGGUAUUGCCAGCAAGCCAGUAGAAGAAAACAGAUUUGCAGUACAAGACUUUUCAGAACUCAGAGAACUCAGGCAUAAAGUUUUCUCUGCUUUGUGCUCAACAUCUGCUCCAGUUGUUACCCAGCCACCACCACCCCCACCAACAACAGUAAAAGCUUUGGCUAGCUGUGCUGACGCUAGGUUAGAUCUUGUGUUUGUUCUUGAUGCCUCAACCAGUGUAACAGCACCAAACUUUGAGUUGAUGAAAGACUUUAUGAAAGAUUUCCUCUUUGAAGCUGAUAUUGACAAUGGCAAUGUUAGGGUAGGUGUUAUCAUCUACAGCACAGGGGAUUAUGUCCAGUUCCAGCUGAAAGAUUUUUCAAAGAAAGAAGAUGUAUACAAUGCUAUUGAUAUUAUUCCGUAUCGCUAUGGCAACACCAACACUGCAGAUGGUUUGAAAACAAUGAGGACAGUAAUGUUUACAGCAGAGAAUGGAGAUCGUCCAGGUGUUGACAACAUUGCUAUUGUGGUGACUGAUGGUGUCUCCAACAUCAACAACAAAAGAACCAUACCAGAAGCUGAAGAAGCCAGAGCACAGGGUAUUCACAUCUAUGCUAUUGGUAUUGGUCUGACAGAGACCAAGGAGUUGGAUGGUAUUGCCAGCAAACCAGUGGAAGAAAACAGAUUUGCAGUACAAGACUUUUCAGAACUCAGAGAACUCAGGCAUAAAGUUUUCUCUGCUUUGUGCUCAACAUCUGCUCCAGUUGUUACCCAGCCGCCGCCACCCCCACCAACAACAACAACUCCAAAACCAACAACAGUAAAAGUUUUGGCUAGCUGUGCUGACGCUAGGUUAGAUCUUGUGUUUGUUCUUGAUGCCUCAACCAGUGUAACAGCACCAAACUUUGAGUUGAUGAAAGACUUUAUGAAAGAUUUCCUCUUUGAAGCUGAUAUUGACAAUGGCAAUGUUAGGGUAGGCGUUAUCAUCUACAGCACAGGGGAUUAUGUCCAGUUCCAGCUGAAAGAUUUUUCAAAGAAAGAAGAUGUAUACAAUGCUAUUGAUAUUAUCCCGUAUCGUUAUGGCAACACCAACACUGCAGAUGGUUUGAAAACAAUGAGGACAGUAAUGUUUACAGCAGAGAAUGGAGAUCGUCCAGGUGUUGACAACAUUGCUAUUGUGGUGACUGAUGGUGUCUCCAACAUCAACAACAAAAGAACCAUACCAGAAGCUGAAGAAGCCAGAGCACAGGGUAUUCACAUCUAUGCUAUUGGUAUUGGUCUGACAGAGACCAAGGAGUUGGAUGGUAUUGCCAGCAAGCCAGUGGAAGAAAACAGAUUUGCAGUACAAGACUUUUCAGAACUCAGAGAACUCAGGCAUAAAGUUUUCUCUGCUUUGUGCUCAACAUCUGCUCCAGUUGUUACCCAGCCGCCACCACCUCCACCAACAACAACAACUCCAAAGCCAACAACAGUAAAAGCUUUGGCUAGCUGUGCUGACGCUAGGUUAGAUCUUGUGUUUGUUCUUGAUGCCUCAACCAGUGUAACAGCACCAAACUUUGAGUUGAUGAAAGACUUUAUGAAAGAUUUCCUCUUUGAAGCUGAUAUUGACAAUGGCAAUGUUAGGGUAGGCGUUAUCAUCUACAGCACAGGGGAUUAUGUCCAGUUCCAGCUGAAAGAUUUUUCAAAGAAAGAAGAUGUAUACAAUGCUAUUGAUAUUAUCCCGUAUCGCUAUGGCAACACCAACACUGCAGAUGGUUUGAAAACAAUGAGGACAGUAAUGUUUACUGCAGAGAAUGGAGAUCGUCCAGGUGUUGACAACAUUGCUAUUGUGGUGACUGAUGGUGUCUCCAACAUCAACAACAAAAGAACCAUACCAGAAGCUGAAGAAGCCAGAGCACAGGGUAUUCACAUCUAUGCUAUUGGUAUUGGUCUGACAGAGACCAAGGAGUUGGAUGGUAUUGCCAGCAAGCCAGUGGAAGAAAACAGAUUUGCUGUACAAGACUUUUCAGAACUCAGAGAACUCAGGCAUAAAGUAUUCUCUGCUUUGUGUUCAACAUCUGCACCUAUUCGAACUGAACCACCACCACCACCCCCAAUAUCUACAGUAAAAGCUGUUGUUAGCUGCGCUGAUGCUAAAAUAGAUCUUGUGUUUGUUCUUGAUGCUUCAACCAGUGUAACAGCACCAAACUUUGAGUUGAUGAAAGACUUUAUGAAAGAUUUCCUUUUUGAGGCUGAUAUUGACAAUGGCAAUGUUAGGGUAGGUGUUGUCAUCUACAGCACAGGGGAUUAUAUCCAGUUCCAGCUGAAAGAUUUUUCAAAGAAAGAAGAUGUAUACAAUGCUAUUGAUAUUAUUCCGUAUCGCUAUGGCAACACCAACACAGCAGAUGGUUUGAAAACAAUGAGGACAGUAAUGUUUACUGCAGAGAAUGGAGAUCGUCCAGGUGUUGAUAACAUUGCUAUUGUGGUGACUGAUGGUGUCUCCAAUAUUAACAACCGCAGAACCAUUCCUGAAGCUGAACAAGCUAGAGCAGAGGGUAUUCACAUCUAUGCUAUUGGUAUUGGUCUGACAGAGACCAAAGAGUUGGAUGGUAUUGCCAGCAAGCCAGUAGAUGAAAACAGAUUUGCAGUACAAGACUUUUCAGAACUCAGAGAACUCAGGCAUAAAGUUUUCUCUGCUUUGUGUGGAACUGAGGCACCUUCAAGAGCACCAGUUACGAGCUGUGCUGAUGCUAGAUUAGAUCUUGUGUUUGUUCUUGAUGCCUCAACCAGUGUAACAGCACCAAACUUUGAGUUGAUGAAAGACUUUAUGAAAGAUUUCCUUUUUCAAUCUGAUAUUGACAAUGGCAAUGUUAGGGUAGGUGUUAUCAUCUACAGCACAGAGGAUUAUGUUCAAUUCCAGCUUAACACACACAAAUCUAAAGCAGCUGUGUUUAGUGCCAUUGAAGCUAUUCCAUAUAGAUUUGGAAGCACCAACACUGCAGAUGGUUUGAAAACAAUGAGGGCAGUAAUGUUUACUGCAGAGAAUGGAGAUCGUCCAGGUGUUGACAACAUUGCUAUUGUGGUGACUGAUGGUGUCUCCAACAUCAACAACAAAAGAACCAUACCAGAAGCUGAAGAAGCCAGAGCACAGGGUAUUCACAUCUAUGCUAUUGGUAUUGGUCUGACAGAGAUUGAAGAAUUGGAUGGUAUUGCAAACAAACCUGUGGGAGAAAACAGAUUUCUCAUUCAAGAUUUUACUGAGCUGAAAUCUCUCCACCAUAAAAUCUUUACUCAGCUAUGUGCAGCCCCUAUACCUGCAGGUCCAAGCUGUGCUGGAGCUAGACUGGAUCUUAUUUUUGUUGUUGAUGCUUCAACCAGUGUCACAGAGCCCAACUUUGUUCUUAUCAAACAAUUCAUGAAAGACUUCCUUGUGGAUGCAGACAUUGAUAAAGGCAGUGUUAGAGUGGGUGUUAUCAUAUACAGUACAGAAGACUAUGUCCAGUUCCAGCUUAACACACACAAAACUAAAGCAGCUGUAUACAAUGCUAUUGAUAAUAUCCCUUAUCGAUUUGGAAGUACAAACACUGCAGAUGGUUUGAAAACAAUGAGGACAGUAAUGUUUACUUCAGAGAAUGGAGAUCGUCCAGGUGUUGACAACAUUGCAGUUGUAAUUACUGAUGGUAUAUCAAACAUAAACAACCUGAGAACCAUUCCAGAGGCUGAUGAAGCACGUGCACAAGGGAUCCAUAUCUAUGCUAUUGGUAUUAGUCUGACAGACACUAAAGAGUUGGAUGGCAUUGCCAAUAAACCAUUAAGUCAGAACAGGUUUUCUGUGCAGAACUUCACAGAAUUGUCUCCCCUAAGAUACCGGGUAUUUUCUGCGCUUUGUGGGGAACCAGAGCCAGUAACUUCCAGAGCAGAACCAAUCACUCUGCCACCACCUAAAUCAGAUUGUGCACUGGGCAGGGCUGAUCUUGUUAUUGUUGUUGAUUCAUCCACAAGUGUUUCUGAAAAUAACUUUAAGAAGAUUAUAAGUUUUCUCAAAGACUUUGUUUCCAAGGCUGAUAUUGAUUCUGGAAAUGUUCGUGUGGGUCUGAUAAUGUACAGCACUGAAGUCUAUCCAAUAUUUGACCUGAAUACCUACACCAGAGUAGCAGAUAUUAUUAAAAAAUUGGAUACAGUUGACUAUAACUUUGGAUCAACAAAUACAGCAGAGGCACUGGAAGUGAUGAGGACAGAGUUGUUUACUCCAGACAAAGGAGACAGGGCUGAUAUCCCCAACCUUGCUCUAGUUCUCACUGAUGGUGUAUCUACAGUAAAUCCAGAGCAAACUGUACCCAAUGCUAGACUAGCUCACAAUGAUGGAAUUCACAUCUACACUGUUGGUAUUGGCCUUUCUGACUAUCGUGAAUUAGAAGGCAUUGCAAGCCCUCCUGCAAAAGACAACAGUUUCAGAGUUGCUUCCUUUGAUGAUCUUGUGCAUGUUGAUGACAUGAUUUUUGCUGCUGCAUGUCCAAAGGAGUUUACCUUCACAAAACCACCAACAACUACAACGACUACUCGUCCUACAACUACUACGAGAACUACCACCACCACAACAACAACAACCACAAGGCCAACGACUACAACUACAAGGAGAACAACUACCACUACACGACCAACCACCACAACUAGGACAACCACUACAACCACCAGAAGGACAACCACACCCAGAACAACAACCACAACCACUAGAAGGACAACCACACCCAGGACAACAACUACAACAACAACUACGACAACUAAACCACCAAGGAUAAGAAAGACCAAAGAUACUGGCAUAGAUGUUGUGUUUAUGAUGGAUGCUACAGUUAAUAACCAAAUAUUUGGUUGGAUGAAGAAAUUUGUCCGUGAUUUUAUUAGAGAAGCUGAUGUUGAAUCAGGAGAAUGGAGAGUUGGUGGUAUGACAUUUGGCCAGAGAACAAAGACUGAAUUCAACCUAAACAGAUAUGGAUUCAAUGAUGAAGUCUUUGCUGGGUUAGAUGGUAUUUCAAACUCCCCAAGUAACCGUGACCCAGAUGUUGGUGGUGCCUUUGACUAUGCUAGAAGGUCAAUGUUCACAGUACCUAAUGGAGACAGGCCUAGGGCCAGAAACUUUGUGAUUUUACUUACAGGUAAAGAAAAGAGUUUGAAAACAGAAGAUAGCUAUGCUGCAGCAUAUCGGCUGAGGGGAAUAGGAACAGAUAUUUUUACAGUUGGUCUUAACUUCAGAAACAGUGAAGAGAUUGAUGAGAUUAGCUCAAAGCCUCUUGAAGAUUUCAGAACAUUGAUAUUUAAUGAGGAUUCAAUGCUGGAGCUACCUGGUCUUUACAAAUAUAGGAUGGAAAAUGCCCCACCACCUGUUUUGGCAACAACCACCACACAAGCACCAUAUGUUCACGUACCAUAUACCGGCACCUGCAAUUCUAAAGGAGAUGUGAUAUUCCUGCUUGACACCUCUGGCAGUGUGGGAGAAGAUAACUUCUACAGAAUGAAAAACUUUACCUACGCCACCAUAAGUGAUCUGCCCAUUGAUAAUGGAUUUUUCAGGAUUGGCAUGAUGACCUUUAGUGACUCUUCACGUCUGGAGUUCCAUUUGAAGGAGUAUGAUAAAAAGCAGGACAUAUAUGAAGCCAUUCAAAAAAUGUCCUAUGUGUAUGGAUACACCCAUACUGCUGAAGCUCUGAGGAGGGUCAGGACUGAGAUGUUUACUGCAGCUGGUGGAGACAGACCUGGGUAUCCCAAUCUGCUGGUUGUUAUCACUGACGGACACUCCAAUGUUAACCAUUUGGAAACAAUCCCAGAGGCCAAAAGGAUCAGAGCUUCAGGCACCACAAUUAUAACAGUAGCUAUUGGUGUAACAAGCAACUAUGAAUUAAGAGAAAUUACCUCCCCUCCAUUGGCUCAAAAUUUGAUUGAAGUCAUGGACUACGAAGCUUUGUACAAAUUAUCACAUGUUAUUGUGUCACCAUUAUGCUCAGAUCCUGAUGCAUGUUCAAGGAAUCCAUGCCAAAAUAAUGGAGACUGUGUUGAAGGACUGCAGUCUUACAUGUGCAUCUGCCCACCUGGAUUUUAUGGACAAAACUGUGAAAAAGAAUGUGGACCAACUUCUGAUGUUGUCAUCAUAUUGGAUUCCUCUUCAUCUGUUGGACCUGGCAUUUUCCAGACACUUAAGACCUAUGCCCAAAGAAUGAUUGAUGAUAUGCAUAUUGAAGACUGCGCCAUUAACAUUGGUGUCAUUAAGUACAGUUCAGCUGCCAUGAUUCAGUUCAAUCUUGGAACCCGUUCAGAGGAGGAAGUGGUUCGAAGAAUAGGGGAGAUAAGCUACACACCUGGUAGUUCAAACAUGGCUGAGGCCUUUAGAGUUGUCAACACACAGAUGUUCAACUCUAGAAAUGGUGACAGGCCUGAGGCCCGCAACAUUGCAUACCUGCUGACUGACGGCACUGUGGAGAUCAAUCGUGACAUCACCCCAGCUGAAAUAGAGCUGACCAUUGAUGCUGGUGUUCGUAUCAUCCCCCUGGCUGUGGCAGUACGAGACAAGACAGAGAUUGAGUUUAUUGCUCAGUCACAGAAAAUCUCAUACAUUGAGAUUGAAGAUGAAGAGAACUUGAAAUUGCAAAUGGACCAGGUUUUGGAGGCAGUUACUGACCGUGAUGACAGGUGUAAACCCAAUCCAUGCCAGAAUGGAGGCGACUGCAAUAAUGAGCCACUUGGCUAUGUCUGUAAAUGCAAGCCUGGAUUUUCUGGCGUUAACUGUGAGAAAGAGUGCAAUACAAAGGCAGAUAUUGUGUUCCUUGUGGAUGCCUCCCGCUACAACUCUGGUCCAGAAUUUAGAGCCAUCAAACGUUUCUUGAAAGAUACAGCCAACAGGCUGACCUUCAGGAAUGAUAACUAUAGAGUUGGUAUUGUAGAGUAUGGUUCAUAUCCCAGAAUGCGACUUGAUCUAUUAGAAGGAGACAACAGAAGGGUGGUUAAAGCUGUGUUUGGCUCUCUCAGGAGAACUGAAGGAGAUCCUAAGCCUGCCCAUGCUAUUAGGAUGGCAUCAUCUAGUCUCUUUGGAAAGUUUGGUGACAGAUCUGAAGUGCCAAACUAUUUGGUUCUAGUGUCACGAGGUUUUGAGGACGAGUCAUCCAUUCAAGCAAUCAACGACCUGAAAUCUAAGGGCACUAAGGUUAUUGGUGUUGGUGUUGGUCUCAGCAAGAGUGACAGGCAGAUGAUGGAGUCCGCGGUGUCCUCUCCAGCUAGCGACAACGCCUACUUGACAGAUAAGGCUGAAACCCUGGAUACACUUGCUGAAAACUUUUUAAAUUUCUUCUGUGAAGCAAAAGAUGCUUGUAAAGCUAAUCCAUGUGAGAAUGGAGGUGUUUGUGAAAAUGGACAGAAAUCCUAUGUAUGCCAAUGUAAACCUGGCUAUGCUGGCAAGAAUUGUGAAAACGCGUGUAACGACCAAGCUGAUGUGGUCUUCCUCAUUGACUCCAGUGGUAGUGUUGGUGCAGAAAAUUUCCGUCGCAUCAAGGAUUACAUCCACGACAUUGUUGACAAUUUCAACAUUGGCCCCUUUAGCACUCAAGUGGGUGUGGCUACAUUCAGUCAACACAGCAGGGCUGAAAUCUACCUCAACUCAUUCCAGGACAAGAGAAAACUUCAAGCUGCUAUCAGUGGCAUCUCCUAUGAGUAUGGCAACACAAACACUGCAUCUGGUAUCAAACUAGUAAGGUCCAGCUUGUUUUCUAUCAAUAAAGGAAACAGACCAAAUGUCCCAGAUUUCUUGAUUGUGAUCACAGAUGGCAUGUCCAAUGUGAAUCAUGAAGCCACUUUACCUGAAGCAGAACUGGCCCGCAAGCAGGGAAUUCACGUAUUUGCUAUUGGUGUUGACAUUGCUGAUGACUGGGAGCUGAAAGGAAUUGCCAGUUCACCACCUGAAAAUAACGUUUUCAGGUUGAAAAAUUGGGAAAAUUUGUGGGAUAUUUCUGAUAAACUCAUUAAGGGUACUUGCAGAGAUGACGAUGUUUGUUUGGAAAGUCCCUGCCAGAAUGGAGGAACAUGUGUGGCUGGAGUGGGUGAAUUUUCAUGUGAAUGUUUACCUGGUUAUGUUGGAGAGCUCUGUCAAUUCAACUGCCAGGAAAACAAGGACAUCAUCUUCAUACUGGACUCCUCCUCCAGUGUAGGACCCAGGAACUUUGCUUUGAUGCUCAAGUUUGUCUCAGCGCUGGUGACUGACCUGACUGUUGGCGGAACUGAACACAGGUUUGCCCUGGUUACCUACAGUACAGAGGUGAAGACAGCCUUCAGCUUGAGCAGAUACGGCACCCAUAAGGAUGUAAUCAACGCUGUAGAGACCACAGUCUACACCGCAGGAUCCACCAACACAGCUGGGGGUCUGAGACAAGCUAUUAACUUGUAUCAGUCUGGGCUGAGACAAGCUAUUAAUCUGUACCAGUCUGACCUAGGGGAUCGUGUAACAGCUGGAAACAUUGCCAUCCUAUUGACCGAUGGCCAGAGUAAUCUCAACUACAUGGACACUAUCCCUGCAGCAGAAGAUCUGAAGGGAAAAGAUGCCAAAGUAAUCACCAUUGGUAUUGGGCUGAAAGAUUAUGCUGAAAUUAAGGCUAUUGCAUCUUCUGCAGGGGAUGUCUACACUGCAAAUGACUUCACUGAUCUGGAGAAUAUCAAACAAGAGAUUGUUGAAGGAGCCUGUAAGAAGAUGCUAGAUUAAACAGCAUCACAGCUGUACCUUUGUGUCCUUAAUUUCCUAUGGAAAUCUGCUUAAGCCUUGAGAGUGUGAAAUGAAUAUGCUCAGAUUCAGUGUGUGAAUGGGGAUGUCAGUCUUGUCUAUCAUUUGUAAAAUAAAAGCUAAAGUAUUUCAUUUUUAAAUAUUUCAGUUUCUAGUCAAUUCAGAGUACAUAAUCAUUAUUUCACUCAAAUAAUUUGACUCUUAAUUAAUAAUAUAAUAAUCUAAAUUUCUAGCUUCAUACUUUUGCACUAAUUCUGGAUAUAAAAUUUUGUAAAAAAUAAGUCGUGUUUUAAAAAAAAGAUAUUUAAUUGAAAAUAUAUGCCUUUUAACAAUUAUUAUUUUUUUAAAAUGUGACUGCUGAAGAAGUUUGCUCAAAAGGAAGAGAUCUUUUAUAUUAUAGUCUAUAGAGUUUAAAAAAAGCUACUCUUCAUGUUUCAAUAAUGAUUAAUUAGUUAUAAUUAAAGUUUUGUUGUUCAUAAAUUUUGUAUAUAAAAUGUAUGUAACUCAAAGUUCAUUAGUGUAGUACGAACCAAAUUUGUUUAUUUCUUAACAAAAACUUUCUUUUAACCAAAUGAAUUGAAACAAAUAAUGCUACAGAAGAUUGAACACAUCGACUGAUCACGCAUCAGCUGAACACUCUUUCUCAUAGCUGUGGUUUAGUCUAUGCAAUAAAUUUUGUUGGAAUCUUA